GGCAAAAUCCCCACCACACCCUUCACGGCCUCUCAGCCAAUAGGCUCCCGGGAUGAAGAUUAACCCCGUCAGCUAUGCCCUGCUCCCGUCUCCUGCCAUCCCCACUUGGGCCCAGGGCCCAACCUGCCCCGCGCUGGCUUUCAGGGGGGCCAGGGACCCCCUAGAGACUGAGCUGAGCCAGGACCCCAGCCCCACGGCUGCCCUCCUGCCGGCGCCAAGAGACCAAGGCAGAGCCGUGGGCGAAAUGCACCAGAGACGCAGCCACCCGGACCCCAACCACGGUCGGACUCCGGAGCCCCCUGAAGCACCAGCGCCGUGGCCGGGUGCCCCGUCCUGCGAGUGCGAAUCUCGCGCCUUCGACUGCCUGAGCCAGCGCGCCCGGCUCCGGCUCCAGGGGGCCCUGGGGGGCACGGCCCAGCUCAGCCAGCACGUGGCCACACACUGCCGGCCCCCAGCCCGCCCCACCCCCAGCCAGGCGGAGACGCGGCCGUUCAGGUGCCCGGCCUGCGGGAAAGGCUUCAAAUACAAACACCACCUGAAAGAGCAUGAACGAAUCCACAGCGGCGAGAAGCCCUACGAAUGUGCCACCUGCCAGAAGCGCUUCUCCCAUUCCGGCUCCUACAGCUCCCACCUCAGCUCCCACCGCUGCCUGCUGCCCGCCCCCCCGGCCCCAUGGGAGAGCCACCCAUGUGCUGCCAGGCCCCGGGGGGGCCGCACUGGGGGCUGCGGGGCCUACGGCAGAGACCUCCGUUUCCCGCACAGCCCCGGCCCAGCCCGGCCCCUUCUGGGCCCCCCUGACCUGGGAAUGGAGGGACCCAGAGAUGCCAAUGUGCCAGGGCCUGGCCCUGACCGGGCCCCCCCCGAGACCCCCACCAUGGAGCAGCCCUUGGACCUGUCUCUGCCCAAGCCAGGCAAGGAGCCGGAGCCCGGCCCGGUGCCCUACGAGCCCCUCUACCUGCCCACGUCUCUCUGCCCCCUCUUCCCAGCCUUCCUGUCCAGCACCCUCAGCCAUCUCCUCCCGCACGGGGCCCCUCGGCUGCACGGGAACCCGGACCUGCCGGCCCCCCAGUUCCUGCCCUUUCUGCUCUGCCCAUACGGGGCGGAGUCGGAGCCAGCACUGCCCACGGGCCACUGGGAGCAACACGGGCCUCCGGGAGCCGGGGGGCGCCCCCUGCAGGCAGGCCGGGAGCCGGGGGGCGGCCGGAAGCGGUUACGCAGGACCCCUGACGGGCUGUAUCUGUGCGAACUCUGCCCCAAAACCUUCCGGAAGAGCAGCUCCCUCCUGCGGCACCAGUACGAGCACACGGGGAGGCGCCCGCACGGCUGCCCGCUCUGCCCCAAGGCCUUCAAGCACAAGCACCACCUGGCGGAACACGCCCGGCUGCACUCGGGGGAGCGCCCGUUCCAGUGCGCCCGCUGCGCCCGCCGCUUCGCCCACUCCGGCUCCUACUCGCAGCACGUCAACCACCGGCAGGGCUGCUGCCGGGCCUGGGGCGCCCCCGCCCCCCGCGGGGAGACCCCUGCCCCCAGCCGCGCACCCCAGGGGGAGACCCCCAGUCCCCACAGGGAGAUCCUGGCCCCUACCCCCCACGGGGAGACCCCCGCCCCCAGCCACGCACCCCAGGGGGAGACCCCUGCCCCCCACAGGGAGAUCCUUGCCCCUGGCCCCCACAGGGAGACCCCUGCCCCCCAUGGGGAGACUCCCGCCCUCAGCCACACACCCCACGGGGAGACCCCUGCCCCCCAAGGGGGAGAGCCUGGCCCCCUGUCACCAGGGUGACACCCCGGCCUCCAUCUCCCAUGGGGAGAGCCCAGGCACCCCCACCCCAGGCACCAGGACCUCAGGGAGCCCUCACUGGCCUCCCACCCCCUGCGACUCUCCCGUCAGGCCAGGCCCCCCAGCGUCGGGGUGGGCAGCUGGCAGGCGCGUGCUGGGGCUCCCUCCCCCCACCCAUGGCGCUGGUCCUGCCACGGCUGGGCAGGCACCUCGGGCACCCGCCCAGAGCCCGCAGUUCAUGCUGCUCAGCAGAACCUGUAGCGGCAAAGCUUCCCUGCCCUCCCGGUGCCCUCGCAGCCGGGCACCAGUGCGAGUCCUGCCCCCCCCGACCCCCGGCGCACCCAGGGAGUUUCGCUCUGCGGCCCACGAAGGACCCUGGCAGCGCGUGGCACAACCUCCGGCUCGGGGUGGGGGGGGUUGUUCUGAUUGUAAACUGGGGAGAGAAAUCAAUAAAUAAAUA